GCAUGUGCCGAACGCCGUCGGCCGGCCCGGGAUUGCGCUUCCCCUGCGCUCGCGCGGCCGCGGCAGUCGCCGCCUCCAGAGCCCGGGUCGUCGGCGGAGUCCAUGGCCGGGACGCGCUGGGUCCUCGGGGCGCUGCUCCGGGGCUGCGGCUGUAACUGCAGCAGCUGCCGGCGCACCGGCGCCGCCUGUCUGCCCUUCUACUCGGCGGCCGGCUCCUUCCCCUCGGGCGUGUCGGGCCGGCGCCGCCUGCUGCUGCUGCUCGGGGCCGCCGCGGCCGCCGCCGCUUCCCAGACGCGGGGCCUUCACUCCGGGCCUGCGCCCGCCGGGAGGCUGGCGGGCCUUCCGCCUGCGCCCGCCUCCUACGCGGCCCUGCGCGCCCCGCUGCUGCCGCAGGCGCUGGCCGCCACCGCCGCCGCGGGCCCGGCGCGGGCUUACGGUCAGGAGUCCAAAACUUCCUACCUGGAAGACCUUCCACCACUGCCUGAGUACGAAUUGAGCUCCUCUAAGAUACCGGAGGAAGUGGAUGAUGUUUAUCUCAUUCGAGCGCAAGGAUUGCCUUGGUCGUGCACUGUGGAAGAUGUACUUAACUUUUUCUCAGACUGCAGAAUCCGAAAUAGUGAGAAUGGAAUACAUUUCCUCUUAAAUAGAGAUGGGAAACGAAGGGGAGAUGCCUUAAUUGAGAUGGAGUCAGAGCAGGAUGUGCAGAAAGCCUUAGAAAAGCACCGGAUGUACAUGGGCCAGCGGUAUGUGGAAGUCUAUGAGAUAAAUAAUGAAGAUGUAGAUGCCUUGAUGAAGAACCUGCAGGUCAAAUCAUCGCCUGCGGUAAAUGACGGUGUGGUUCGUUUGAGAGGACUUCCUUACAGUUGCAAUGAGAAAGACAUUGUAGACUUCUUUGCAGGACUGAAUAUAGUAGACAUUACUUUCGUGAUGGACUAUAGAGGGAGAAGAAAAACAGGGGAAGCCUAUGUGCAGUUUGAAGAACCAGAAAUGGCCACCCGAGCUCUUUUGAAACACAGGGAGGAAAUGGGCAACCGAUACAUAGAGAUUUUUCCAAGCAGAAGGAAUGAAGUGCGAACACAUGUUGGCUCUCAUAAGGGAAAGAAAAUGGCAUCUUCUCCUACUACCAAGUACAUAACUGAGCCAGAAAUGGUAUUUGAAGAACAUGAAGUAAAUGAGGAUAUUCGACCUAUGACUGCUUUUGAAAGUGAGAAGGAGAUGGAAUCACCUAAAGAGAUGUCAGAAAAGCUUCCAGAGGCUGUGGAUUUUGGAACUACGCCUUCAAUGCAUUUUGUCCACAUGAGAGGAUUGCCUUUCCAAGCCAAUGCCCAGGACAUUAUAAAUUUCUUCGCUCCGCUGAAGCCUGUGAGGAUCACCAUGGAGUACAGCUCCAGUGGGAAGGCCACAGGAGAGGCAGAUGUGCACUUUGAUAGCCACGAGGACGCUGUCGCGGCUAUGCUCAAGGACCGCUCCCAUGUCCAGCACAGAUAUAUUGAGCUGUUCCUAAAUUCAUGUCCAAAAGGGAAAUAAGACUUCCACGCACUUCAGAUGAUAAGGGUGAAGCGAGAAGCAUGUCAUUUGCACGUCAUCCUUGGACAUGGGAUAUUAAGUUCCAGUUUAUUGGCAGCAACUACUAGAGAAAGGAUUUGGAGAUUUUGGAUUUAUUGCUUAUAAGAAAAAUUCAUGAUGCAUUGUUUAAAAAGAUAGUUUGGAAUUAUGAAAUAGACUGCAAAUUUAAACUUCGGUUGAAACUGUCCAGGAUCUGGUUAAGAAAAUAUGGUCUCUAUUUUACAUAAACAGGUUUUUUUUUUUCCUUAGAGGAUUUGCUACCAGUUGUAAAGAUUAUAUAUGAGCACUAUACUUGAAAGUCUUUUUCCUCCCAUUUCAAAAGUAAUUGUUCAAGGCUUUGUUUUUUGCCUAUGAAUUGAGAGCUCUGGUAUAAAACUUCUCAUGUAAAAUAAUGAUUUAUUAUAGCCAAACACCAACACAAGAGAAGAUUUCAGAUCUUUAAACAAGUAUGGUCUGGCAAAAUAGUUUUAGUUUUAGCUGUAUUUGAUUGCAGAAAUAGGAGUAGGAAUGUUACCAAACAAAAAAAUGAAAAAAAAAGCAAACCAGGUUAGUGAGUGCUAAUAACAACUUGGCAGUCUUCUGUUUUUAUAGUUUUGUCUUUUUAAGCCUUAUGCUGGAGGCAUUUAACAUGGGUGCCUGUCAAUUGUGGGAGAAGUCUAGUCUCAGAAGCUGUCUGAGUGACCUCCUUUUGGUUUGGGGGAACUGUAAGGGUGUUUAUUAGUCUAGGAAUUGUGUAAAGCGAUAUAUCAAGGCAGUCCAGCCUGCUAAAGACAAAAUGGCUUCACUUGAAUUUAAACCAGCUCUAGAAAAGAAAAAGAAAAUUGAAUUUCCUCAUUUGCUUUUUCAGUGGGUAGCACAUCCCAUAUUUUAGAACAAGUAGGGGUGCCUUGCUUAAAAAGUAGUAUUUACUGUAUAAUUGUGUGAAGGGUUUAUGGACAAAGCUGUGUUUCUGUCACACCGUGGCAGUGCCUUCUGCUUUAAUAUUAAACAGCUUGUUAUUUAAAUAUUGGAGAUAAUGGCUGGCUUCAAAAUGUAGUUAUUAAUAAACUUAACUUCAUGUGCACCUGUGUAGGAGAAUGGAAGUCCUGUAUACGUUCCUUGCCUUGUUCCUGUUCUCAGGGUGACAGCUGCCACCAGGAGAUGCAAUUCUAGUUUUUAAAAUUGAAUUUUCUGAGAUUCUGGAGACGUGAUACCUGGAAGAGAGAUGAUGUCUUCUCUCAAUAUAAAACCAUCUUUGGUUACCAGCUAAAAUAUGAAAUCACUGUACUGUAAGUAGUAAAUAAAUGAAGGCUUGUUUCAGG